AUGUGCGAUACUUCUGAGAAUUCUUCAGAAGCUGAUACAGUUCCAUAUCAAAAGUUAAACGAAUACGCAGAAAAGGAAGCAACCGAGCUAAUAGACGAAGGUAUAGUAGAAGCAUUUCUGGCUAAUUACAAAGAGGAAGCUAGUGCUGAAGAGGAAAUUUCAUCUGAUAACGAAGAAUCUUCUCAAAAUGUUAAACGUCAGCAAAAAACAGCGCCACCUCUGGAUGUGAGCGUCACUGAUUUUGUUCUGAAAAACUUCACAUUGAAGAACAUGGCUAAAUGUCUCACAUUCAUCUUAGGAGUCAUGGCCGCUACCAGCAUAUGGGACAUCAUUGUUGAAGUGUAUUCUCGUCCAACCGUAUUGAAACCAAAAGGACCUCGCCCAUUUUUUUCGAAUCAUUCUAAUAGUUUCUUAACCGAUUAUUACACUGGGAAAUUUCACCCAGAGAGAGCUGUGGGGCGCAGUGAUCUUGUCGUGGCAAUGUACUAUGCUCCAUGGAGCUUUCACUCUCGGCAACUGAAACAUCCGUUCGAAGUGGUGGCAUUAGUACUACGAAAUCACAAAAAUAUACGGUUCGUUGCGGUUAAUUGUUGGACAACUACAGGAGAGUGCCGAAACAUGUACAAAAUUUACCAAUUCCCAUUAAUAGUCGCUUACUCCUCCACGGUCUAUACUGUGUAUCAAGGGGAGCAUUCAGUUGAUCAUAUUUAUAGGUGGGUGGUUAACGUACGAAAUCCUUUACAUGUUAUUCGAUCGACGAAACAACUGGAAGAAUUUAAGCGAGAUUCCCACACUUCAGUUGUCGGCUACUUUCCAUUCAAGGCGAUGAACACCCCUUAUGGGUACCGUGCUUUUGCUGCGGCUGGAAUGGUGCUACAGACUGGCUUAAUGGAGGAUGAAUUCACUCGCUUUGCUGUUGUUACGAACGAAAGAAUGGCUCGGGAGAUAGGGAUGCGUUUUGAGGGCGACAUUGUCAUGUAUAUCCCUGAUGAUUUCGAGUUUCAAUGGUCCUACGGAACUGCGGCCACUGCUUCCAAUAUAGUAGAUUGGGUCCGACAUAAUCGAGAAGAAUCGUCUCCUAUAAAGUGGUUGCAAUACAAUAAAAACACUGAACUUAUGUCGGAGAAAUUUGCCAGAAUACUGAAUCAGUCGUCCAUGUUGCUAUUAGUUACUUUUUUAACCCCCAUCUACAGGAGGCAGAGUGAUGUAUCACUUUUUACAGAGCUUGCGAGAGAAUAUUGGAAUUGUAAAGAGGAGGAUUUGUUGUCAAUGGAUGUUCCUGAGAGAGGCAUUGUUAGACAGAAAUACAUUUCGCAAGUACUUGCAAACGAUAGGCUAGCAUGUGCGGAGGUUAUGGAAGAUGUUAUGGAUUCGUGCUGUCGAUCGCUGUUGCCGAGUGUUGACUGGAACAUGGCAUGCGCCUCUUCGGCAAAGUUCCGGUGGGAAGAUGAGCUCCACGCUGAUGCUAGCGAGCAGCAAGAAAUAUCGCACAAACGUCGAAACCACUGGACAGAGCAGGUGCUGGUCGCGACUGAAAAGUGUGUUGCUGUGCGAAAUGGAAGCUUAGAAGCAAAUGCAGUAUUAUCUCGCUGCUGCGUUUAUUACGAUGAGAUUUCUAAGCCUGAGUUGACAGCAGUGCAGAAACUCAUAGCCAGGCGAAGACUCCAUGAUCGAGAACUGAGAUUGGCGGACUCAUGCAUGCGAGGUCGUUUGUAUGAUUAUAUGAAGUACCCGGAAAGGAAUGAGAGUAUUGAUCUUUUCGAUGACCCUCAGCCAGCGGUAAAUCUAUCGAUACGUGGAAUGGGAUGUCAUGAGCACGAGGAGAACAACACCCUUAAGUUUGCUGUACUUGACUCUCUCCAUUACUCGUACUUCCUGGAUAAAUGGGGUCUUAUAGAAAAACAGCUGCCUCUAGUCAUAGCCAUUGAUGCCAAUCGCGAGCUUUUUUCUGUUAUGGAUGGAUUUUAUUCACAAAAACGGGUCCGUGAAUUUAUUCGUGACUACCAUUCCUACCUUAUUCCAAAUCAUUUUAUGAGCGAAGAAGACAGCAGAAUAAGGCCUAAUGAUGCUGAACAGGUUGCAUCCGUACAUCCGCGCUUAAAGGAUGAACGCGUUCUGGGACGGCUAACUCAGCGCACAUUUCAUGAUCUUAUUGAAAAUAGGCACAAUACCUUCCACGAUGUAGUGGUGUUUUUCUCAGGAGGUGGAUGGCAUGCUCCAUCUACUACGGCGCUGUCCAUCUACCACGGUGCUGCUGANCGCGCUUAA